AUGUUACAUAAAGCAAGUGUGUCCCUCUCUCCGCAGUGUGACAGCAUGACUCUGUCCAGCACCCCGACGGUCCGCAGAGGCAGCACUCCUCUGCCGAUCAAACACCAGCUCAGACGAGAGGAGGCCGUCCACGAUGACUGCGACUGGGCCUCAGGAGCAGCCGGACCCUCGGCCUCUCCGAUCAGGUUCAGUCCGGCACUGGACGACACCCUGACCGUGUCCGUGGAGGGUCGACCCGACGGGCCUCUGAGAAUUGCCCUACUGGGGCAGAACGGUGUGGGGAAGUCUUCUCUGGCCCUCGCCCUCGCGGGGGACAUGGACCAGGCUGCGUCUGUAGAUUCUGAAGGGGAGGGUUACGUGCGCACGGUUACUGUGGAUGACGAGGACAGCACCAUCAUUAUCUAUGACAACUGGAGACAGGACCUGUCGGUACUGCAGUGUGAGGUGUGUGUCCUGGUGUUUUCGGUGACCGACAGGCGGAGUUUCCACCGCACCGCCCAACUGCGUCUCCUCCUGAGGGAGAAUCAGCCCCAGACUCCCAUCAUACUCGUCGGUAAUAAGAGUGACCUCGUCCGCACACGUGAGGUGACCGCUCAAGAGGCCAUGUCCAGCGCCGCCCUCUAUAACUGCCUGUACCUGGAGAUCUCCGCCUCUCUGGACCACCGUACACCCGAGCUCCUUGAGUGCGCUGUCCGACAAGCGAGGGGUCUGCCCCCGUGGCCCCCGGGGACCACAGCAGAGGACAUGAUGACUGGCACACGAGAGAGCAUCACCUCCCGUGCUAAACGGUUCCUGUCCAGCCUGGUGCCCCGGUACCCGAGAGAGCGAGAGGUUGGACGGUUCAUGAGGCAGAAGUCCCGCUCGUGCCACGAUCUGGGAGCGCUGUGAUUGGACGAUGACCGGAGGUUAACGGUUCGAUCGGUAAAAUACAAACGAAAGAGAGGUGAAGCCAGGGAGACGGAAGGACAAUGAUGAGAGUGAAUCCAGCUGAGGAAACAGAGAGAGAGCAAUGUUAGUGAUGUUUACCUGUUAGGUUAAUAUAGACAUUUUGUACACAAAAGUAAAGAUAGAAGAAGAAUAAAUACUGUUGUAAAUAAACUAUAAUAGUGAUGCUUAUCUGCAACCUUUAAAGCUUUGACAGAUUAAUAAAUUUCUUUUGGAGUCUUGA